AUGGUUCAGACAGAUCGCUUGAAGAAAGGCGUAGGCUACGGCGAGAUCAUGUUCUCUCUCUCGUACUUACCCACGGCCGAGAGACUGACGGUGGUCGUGGUGAAGGCGCGCUCCCUGCAGUGGAUGGACGAGAAGGAGUCAGCUGAUCCGUUCGUGAAGAACAUCCAGCUGCGCGUCACGGUGGCCGAACACAGCGCGGACGGAGGUCAGGCGAGGGCGGUGGGUCACGUGAUCGUGGGCACGCAGGCGACGGGCAAGGCUCUCUCGCACUGGAACCAGAUGAUGUCGGCGCUGAGGAAGCCCAUCGGCAUGUGGCAUCCCCUGCGGCGCUAA